CUGCGUCACAAAAAGGGCGCGGCUAUAUUUUUUCUGAUUGGCUACUGCCUUGAUGCAUUUUUUUUUCAAAUACCCGGAAACAGCUGACGGCGACGUUGCUGUCAAAAUAUUUCGAGUGUGUGCUUGGACGAGUGUCUUUUCUGCACACGUCUCCAAAAUUCUCUGACGAAACUCCUGAGUGAGAUUGCGUCCUGAAAAUCCUCUUGGUGAUUUUUUUUUAACCAAAAUAUGAGAAGCAAUCAGUUUGACUCUUCGUCUGAAGAAGACAAUGUCGGCGAGGAAGGAGCGCCUUCUUUGGACAUUUCCUGGGUCCCUUUGUCUGAAGUGGGCUCCAAUCAGUUCGUGGGCAUAUGUUCCCUUCCAGGUUGCAGAUAUAAGGAUAUACGCAGGAGUGUGCACAAAGACGUCGAGGAGCUUCACAACCAAGGCGUGCAGGACGUGUUUGUGCUUUGCACACGAGGCGAGUUGUCCAAGUACCGCGUGCCCUCGCUUCUGGAGGUCUACCAACAGAAGGGUCUGAGCGUGCACCACAUGCCCUUCCUUGACGGGGAGGCGCCCCAGCUGGAGCAGUGUGGACACAUCCUGGACGAGCUGCAGCGCAGUCUAGAGGCCAACCGCAGGACCCUCAUCCACUGCUAUGGAGGCCUGGGACGCUCUGCAUUAAUCGUCGCCUGCCUGCUCAUCCAGCUCUCCGUAACCAUGACGCCCGACGAAGCCAUCGACAUCUUGCGGGCGCACCGAGGACGGGGAGCCAUACAGACCCUCAAACAAUACAACUUCCUCCACGAAUUCCGGGAAAACUACGCCGCCUACCGGGAGAGCCAAGAAGUUCACACGGAGCGCUCAGUUUCUCGAUGAUGGGUGACGUCAUUUGGUGCGCUGCAAUACAAACUGAAUGUAUAAAAGGGAAGAAUUUCUAAACUCUUUCGAAAUAUUAGAAAUAUGAUAAAGGGAAACAACAAACUAAAA